AUGCAUUUUGCCUACUUGGGGAAAUUUCCGAAUGGUGAGAAGCUCUGUGAUGACGGGAGCCGCUUUCUUGUGACAGAGCUACGUGGCGAUCUUGUUUGGCAUAAAUUUUGCUGGCAAUUUGACACUCGGGGCUGGCAAUCGCUGAAUGUGUGUUUUUUCUGCAAUGCCAAAAGCAAGGGGGCAACCGACCUGUACAGCGAUCUUGGCACAAACGCUUCGUGGACAAACACUGAAUUCAAAGACGUUUGGGAUUGGGUGGACAAAGUCCUUCCGCACCGAUUGUGUCCAUGGUUGGCCCUCCCUGGGUUUGCGAUUGAUACGGUGCGCAUGUGCACAAUGCACAAUGUCAACCUUGGCAUUCUCCAAAAAAUAACAGGUUCGUCGCUGUUGACUCUUAUCUCAGAGGGGCUCUACGGUUGCCCGGAUGACCCGUUGCAAACCAACCUCAACCGCGUUUUUCGAGAUUUCAGGGCAUGGUGCAAAAACAACAAGAAACGUUCAAGCCAGCGUUGUUUCACUGUUGGAAUGGUGAUCAAGCAGAACAACAAUGUCACGCUCACACACAAAGCUUACAAUGGUCGAAUCAUAGGCGCAUAUGCCUCUGAAGUCUCGAAGCUUGCCGCUGAGAAAUGCUUAGAUGCGCCAGGUCCAAACCGCAUCUAUGGUCAGUGGUUGAAGGAGCAGAUUACCAAUGGAACAGGGCACAUGCCUUCAGAUCCAAAGCUCCCACUAGAGUCUGCCUGUUUGCGAGCAACUGAGAGAUGGUUUGGCCUUGUGGAGCGGGCAGGUCGGUACUUGCUGCUGGGAAUGGUUCGUACUGAUUUGCAUUUUCCCCCAAGAAUUUGUGAGGUGACCAUUGCAACCACUGCAACCACUCCAAAGAAGAACUCCAGCCACCUUUUGGUCCAUCAGUGGAUUAGCUGUGCCAUUCAUGAUUCACAACAACCAAGCUCUCCUUUAUAG